AGAGACCCCGCCCCCCUGAGAAGAGACGCCGCAGCCCCUGCAGGACGGGGGCCUGCGUCGCGAUGGGCUCCACCGCCGCCCCGGAGGGGGCGCUGGGCUACGUCCGCGAGUUCACGCGCCACUCCUCCGACGUGCUGGGCAACUUGAACGAGCUGCGCCUGCGCGGGAUCCUGACUGACGUCACGCUGCUGGUUGGCGGGCAACCCCUUCGCGCCCACAAGGCGGUUCUCAUCGCCUGCAGUGGCUUCUUCUAUUCAAUUUUCCGAGGCCGCGCAGGAGUGGGGGUGGACGUGCUCUCCCUGCCCGGUGGCCCCGAAGCCGGUGGCUUCGCUCCCCUGCUGGACUUCAUGUACACUUCACGCCUUCGCCUCUCUCCCGCCACUGCGCCCGCGGUCCUUGCGGCCGCCACCUACUUGCAGAUGGAGCACGUGGUCCAGGCAUGCCACCGCUUCAUCCAGGCCAGCUAUGAACCUCUGGGCGUCUCUCUGCGGCCUUUGGAGGCAGGACCUCCCACGCCGCCAACCGCCCCUCCCCCGGGCAGUCCCAGGCGCUCGGAAGGACACCCGGACCCACCUACUGAGUCUCGCAGCUGCAGUCAAGGCAGCCCAGACCCCAAGGCCUGCAACUGGAAAAAGUACAAGUUCAUCGUGUUAAACUCUCAGGCCUCCCACGCGGGGAGCCUGGCGGGGGAGACGAGUUCUGGUCAGCUUUGCCCCCAAGCCGGGCUCCCCAGUGGGGAUGAGGCUUCCAGCAGCAGCGGCAGUGAAGAAGGACCCAUUCCUGGUCCCCAGAGCAGGCUCUCCCCCACUGCUGCCACAGGACAGUUCAAGUGUGGGGCUCCAGUCAAUACCCCCCAUCUCCUCGCAGCCCCGGCUCAAGAGACCACUGGGUCACACUCUGGGCCGGCUUGUCCCCCACCAGGAAGUGAAUUUUUCAGCUGCCAGAACUGUGAGGCUGUGGCCGGGUGCUCGUCGGGGCUGGAUCCCUUGGCUCCUGGGGAUGAGGACAAACCUUACAAGUGUCAGCUGUGCCGGUCCGCCUUCCGCUACAAAGGCAACCUGGCCAGUCACCGCACGGUGCACACAGGGGAGAAGCCAUAUCACUGCUCCAUCUGCGGGGCCCGCUUCAACCGGCCGGCCAACCUGAAAACGCACAGCCGCAUCCAUUCCGGAGAGAAACCGUAUAAGUGUGAGACGUGCGGCUCGCGCUUCGUGCAGGUGGCGCACCUGCGCGCGCACGUGCUCAUCCACACCGGGGAGAAGCCCUAUCCCUGCCCGACCUGCGGCACUCGCUUCCGCCACCUACAGACCCUCAAGAGCCACGUUCGCAUCCACACCGGGGAGAAGCCUUACCACUGCGACCCCUGCGGCCUGCAUUUCCGGCACAAGAGUCAACUACGGCUGCAUCUGCGCCAGAAGCACGGAGCUGCCACCAACACUAAAGUGCACUACCACAUUCUGGGGGGGCCGUAGCCGAGCGCCGCCCCAGAUCCCGCUCACCUCCUGGAAGCCGGGAGAGUUGCGCUCACGCCCGGGCCUCCCUGUUGGCCUUGGGCACGAGGAGACGGGUGGUGUGCAAGGCCCCUCUGGAGCCUUUAUGGUGAGCCCGACUGGGAAGUUUAGUAAGUGUCUCCUGGGGGCUGUGCAUGUGGGGGGCGCUGUCAGUGUUGGAGGUGGGUGGGGAUGAUCGGAGAGGCCUUCUCUUACGGCCCUAACCCCCAAGAGUCCGGCCACCUGGGUUCGGCCGCACCACGUCUGUCUGGCAUGAACUGGGCUUUAGUUGAGCCCAGAAUCCACCUCCUGAGGCUUGUUCUGAGCACUGAGUUGAUCCCUCAAUGAGGGAGAGAGAUCUGAAAUUCCUUAUCGGAGGUGGUGCAAGCUUUGCGGGUUCUGCCCAGCCUCUAAGAAUGGUAUGACCUGCGGAUGAAAUUAUGAAACUCUUUAUCUUGACUAAGAGCUGAGUCAUGAUGAGUCCUUUACUGCUGAUGUGUCUGGAUUUGAAAGUUCCUUGGGAGUCUCUCUACCUGAACAAACCCCUUCUCUCCUUAGUGGGGUUUUGGACGUCUUCUGACAAGUGGUCAGAUUCUGGGAACUUUGUUGCCCCUAGAAGUCACUGGUGCUUGGUAACUUUCUUGCUUUAAAGAAGCCAGGUCUGUGACCGGGCCUUCCGGCCACUCCGUUCCUGCCUGAAACCAGUGAAUGCAAUAGGAUCUUCCAUAGGGAGAGAAAAGGGGCUGAGUUCCAGUCUGGAUUUGCUAGAGUUUGGGAUUAUGAUUGGGAUUGCGGUUGGGAUUUGAGAUUUAAAAGAAUAACUGACUGAUGGACUUUCCAGUUGGCCAAGUGCCUGGGUCGGAUGGAGAGAUUUGUAGGUUGGUCGAGGGGCCCAGGCUCCAGUAUAGGCCACGUAGGUAGAAAGUUGCGAAUGGAGUUGCCUCUUAACUAGAAUGUCUGGAAUGUGAGAUGAUACUCUGAAGCCUUGAUUUAUGGUCUUUCCCCUCCUUGGGAGCUCUUUGAUUGCAGGGUGUGGGUGGAGGGUAAGGAGCACUUUGAAUUUCUGGGGUGGAGCUUGCUCAAGACAGGUCGGCACUAAUUGCUGCCCCUUGAGGACAGGUGAGAAGGCAACUUUUCUCUCUUUCCCUCUUACUCCCGCCGCGGAGUUGAAAGCAGGGAGGGAAAGCAGAAGAGAGAUAUGAGAAGGAACCAUGAUUUUUUUUUUUUUUUUUUUUUAGCCAAUUGGAUGGGCAAGUGGAGAGCACCUAGGGGUGGAAAUGUUAGAUCUUGCAAGAUCAGAAUCUUGGAAUAAAGAAGCCUCUCUGUGCUG